GCUCGCCAAUUUCCGUUGCUCUCUCUUUGCCUCUCGCUGUUUAUAACGCUUCCUACGCUUUUCCCGCUAGGGUUCCGUUCGCCUCCGCCAUUCCUCCUUGAGAUCGCCUCUGUCUGCUUCUCCGGAGGUCGAUCGGCGUAGUUUUAUAACGUCUUUCGGCGAUCUCUUCGUCCCCGCCUUCUUCUGAGCGGCCGGCGUGGGGAUUGCGCGGUCCUCUGUUAGCGCGCUCGGGCUUCCCUUCUCCAUCUAAGAACUUUCCUGCUUCGCUUGAGGGGGUGGCCGGGGCUCCGGCCUCGGCGGCUUUUAAAGCCCCCAUCUUGACAUCGAGAUCUAAAGGGUAACGUUUUUUUAUUCAUUUUCAUCGCGAUCGGGAAGGGAUGUCAGCCCUCGCCUGCGUAGACGCUGCAGUUCCGCCUCCUGGCUACAGCGUAGCGUGGGACGGCGCUCUUCCCGCGCCAGGGACAUUCCCUGGCGGCACUCCGACGACGGCGGGCGGCGCAGUCUCCGACCGUCCCGUCCCAUGGUCCACUGAUCUCUCCGCCGCGCUCUACCGCAUCGAUGGUUGGGGCGUGCCGUACUUCUGCAUCAACUCUGCCGGCGAUAUAGCCGUCCGGCCUUACGGCACUGCGACUCUCCCCCACCAGGAGAUCGAUCUGAUGAAGGUGGUGAGGAAGGCUUCCGAUCCCAAGUUCUCCGGCGGGCUAGGCCUCCGCCUCCCGCUUCUCGUCCGCUUUCCUGAUGUCCUCAAGCACCGACUCGAGUCCCUCCACUCCGCCUUCGAGUUCGCCAUCCAAUCUAAUGGCUACAGCUCUCGCUACCAAGGGGUCUACCCGGUGAAGUGCAACCAGGAUCGGUACAUCGUGGAGGACAUCAUCGAAUUCGGGUCGCCUUUUGGGUUCGGCCUCGAGGCCGGGUCAAAAGCAGAGCUCCUCCUCGCCAUGAACUGCCUCUCCAAGGGAAGCCCUGAGGCUUUCCUCAUCUGCAACGGGUACAAAGACGAGGAGUACAUAGCACUUGCCCUAAUUGCUCGAAGCAUGGAUCUCAACACAGUGAUCGUCCUGGAACAAGAGGAAGAGCUCGACUUGGUGGUGGAAACUAGCCAGAGGCUCGGUGUCCGGCCGGUGAUUGGCCUACGGGCAAAGCUCAGAACCAAACAUUCCGGCCAUUUUGGAUCUACCUCAGGUGAAAAGGGCAAGUUCGGUCUGACCACUGCACAAAUCCUCUCUGUUGCGCACAAGCUUCAGCGACUUGCGAUGCUCGAUUGUCUUCAACUCCUGCACUUCCAUAUCGGCUCGCAGAUUCCGUCAACGGCACUUCUUUCCGACGGUGUCGGCGAGGCCGCCCAAAUAUACUGUGAGCUCGCAAGGCUUGGGGCUUCUAUGCGGGUGAUUGACAUUGGCGGUGGCCUGGGCAUUGAUUACGACGGCUCUCACUCAAGCGGAUCGGAUAUGUCCGUUAGUUACAGCCUCGACGAAUACGCCGGCGCUGUGGUGCGGGCCGUGAAGUUCGCUUGCGACAGGAAGCAAGUACGCCAUCCCAUCAUCUGCAGCGAGAGCGGCCGGGCUCUCGUGUCACACCACUCGGUCCUUAUCUUCGAAGCGAUCUCAUCCAGCACCGGCAAAUCUCAGCCAUUGUCGUCCAUGGCCCCUAAUCUGGCCUACUUUCUCGAUGAGCUCGCAGAUGAUGCACGUUCGGAGUACCACAACUUGAUGGCUGCUGCGUUCCGUUGCGAGUACGAGACCUGCGCUCUUUAUGCCGACCAAUUGAAGCGGAGGUGCGUCGACCAAUUCAAGGAGGGCAUUCUGGGGCUGGAGCACCUUGCGGCUGUUGAUGCCUUGUGCGACCUCGUGGCGAAGGAAAUAGGGGCGGCCGAUCCGGUGAAGACAUACCAUGUCAAUCUCUCUCUGUUCACCUCUAUGCCCGAUUUCUGGGCUAUCGGUCAGCUGUUCCCUAUCAUCCCAAUUCACCAUCUCGACCAGCGGCCGGACGUCAAAGGUAUUCUCUCGGACCUGACAUGUGACAGCGACGGCAAGGUGGACAGGUUCAUCGGCGGGCAGUCGAGCCUCCUUCUACACGAGCUCUGCGGAGUCCCCGGUGCUGGGGGUGGGUACUACCUGGGGAUGUUUCUGGGUGGGGCUUACCAGGAGGCGCUCGGCGGGCUGCACAACCUGUUCGGGGGUCCCAGCGUCGUGCGGGUGUCGCACGCCGACGGGCCGCACUGCUUCGCGGUGACGCUAGCGGUGCCCGGCCCGUCUUGCGCCGACGUCCUGCGGGCAAUGCAGCAUGAGCCGGAGAUGAUGUUCGACGCCCUCAAACACCGCGCUGAGGAGUGCGCCGGCGGGUCCGGGGAUGCUCUCAUGUUCGACGCCCUCGCCCACGCCUUCCAUUCGAUGCCGUACCUGGUCUACAGCACCGCCGCCCAAGCACCAGGUUCCGGCAGCGACGGCGAGGGCACGGACGCGAUGACCAGCGACUCGGAGGCCAGCGGCGGAAGCAGGGAGGAAGAGGAAGACGAAGAUUGGGAGUUCAUGCGAUGCUUGAGCGUCUGAAUCCCUGUUUCCUUUACCUUUCGUCCGUCGGAGUGUUUCGCGUUACGUUGCGUUCGGUAACCAUAUCCUUAGUCGGUUACAAAAACGCAAGCUUUGAAUUUCGUAGGCCAAGGGUGGUGAUGUCGUCUUACCGCCUGGGGCAGGUCGUGUCCUUCUGUUGCCUACUUUUUCUGUUUUUUUUUUUCAAGGAAGGGAAGCUACUUUUAAUUGUAUCCGCCAAACAAACAUUUUCUGUAAUGUUGGUUGAAUAUUCCCUUCGAAUA